AAAUAAUCCACUGAGGCGUUCUUCAGUCCGUGUCGACAACGACGACAGCUCACAGUUGUUUUACGGUCUCGUGUCGGUCGCUUUGGCCAAUUACAAAACGAAUUUGCAUAAUACCCUAAAAUGUCGCUGACAUCGUUGGGGAUUAGCGCCGGCUUCAUGGUCGGCUGCUGCAUAGCAGCCCAGGUGGCUCGUCGGGUCAGUCGGCGGCUCCUCAACAGAGAGGGUAUCGUCCCGGUGCUGAUGAACGAGGCCAUCGCAGCGGCUGAGCUGUGCGCCUGCUGCUUUGAACUGAUCAUUGUGGCGGAUAACUUUGGUGUGGCCACCUAUGCCAUCUUUCUGUUUCUGCUGACAAUCUGGUGGGGCAAGGUCUGGGGCGAUGCCUCGGCCUGCCCAUACACACACAUGGAGGAUGUGCUGGAGGGUCGCACCAGCUUCAAGGAGAUGGCAUUGCGCACCUGGGCCGAACUUAUGGGCGGCUGCUGUGUAUAUCGCAUUGUUCAAGUCUUCUGGUGGCUGGAAUUUGCUGAAACUCACAAGGGAAGGGCAUUCGAGGAGUGCAAUGCCGACUUGCAGGUUAGCCCUUAUUUGGGCGCUGCCAUUGAGGGCAUAGCCACCAUGCUCUGUCGCCUGGCCUCGAAGACGCUGAGUGUACAUGAGCCAAAGUUUAGUAGCUACAUUGACUCCUUUAUUGGCACCAGCCUCGUGGUGGCAGCCUUCAACUUCUCCGGCGGCUACUUUAAUCCAGUACUAGCAACAGCUCUUAAAUGGGGCUGUCGUGGCCACAGCAACCUGGAACAUAUAAUCGUUUAUUGGAUUGGCGCCUGUCUAGGUGCGCUGCUAUCGGUGCCAAUCUUCAAGCUGCCUGUUGUGCGACGCCUUCUGCUGGGCGAUGAGAAGACAAAGGAGGCUUAAAAUCCAAAUGAUCGAUGAUUAGGAAUAGUUAGUUAUUUAUGACCACAGUUCUAUUGGAGACAAAUUUGUUUAUUAUCUGAACUAAGGAACAAUAUGUUAAUUGCAUGCAUUGCUUAGUGGCGAUACAAAUCUUCGUUAGCUUUUAAUUAUUUAUUUUACUUGUUGCUUAUUAUAAAUAAAUUAUUGAAAAACAAAACUUGACAGAUUUUCCUAAUUAACAGAAUUUCGAAAGUUUACAACCUAAAACAUUCUGAAUCGUAUAAAUUCAUAAUUUCAGCAUGCUUCGUUGAUAAAAUCACAUCCGUUUUACAAAUUCAAAGUUUUUAAAUAAAUUUUUAAAGAAAAAGGAAAAAAAAAAGAGAUUAUGAUUCUAUUAAGAAAACUUUUUAGUUAUUUUAGUCUAAAAUGGGGUAUACUAUUAAUCGCUGUGAUCGAUAUUGUAAUAUGUGUAGUAGGACUUUACGACACAGAAAGUAAUUAAUUUUUUCCUAAAGAACUUUAAAAUUUGAAAAUGCCAAAAUAAAAGAUGAUCAUCAUUCACAGAACUAGACAACGAAGCUUGGUAUUAUUGUAUGCUUUCAGCUUAUAGUUCCCAUAUUACGGGCUGCAGCCUGCUAAUCAUUGCGGUUUUUCUGAACAAAAGAAUAUUAGUCCUAUUGUAUUUGGUUACGAUCAUUAUUCGACUCAUUUACACCUCUGCUAUUUUUAUAUGGAUGAACGUAACGCACUCAUAUCGUCCUACUCUAUGCAUCUUAGAAUAUUUAAUUCUGACAGUCAGCCUUUAUUUUUGGUUCUGCGCAUACUCUUGGUACAAAGCUCUCGGUAUAGAGUCAUCACUGGAGGCAGAAUCAGCAUCAAGCUCGCAAAGAGGCAAUAACACACAGGCAACUUGACAAGAAUAUAUAAAUCUAUUUUUAAUAACUGUAUAAAUGCAAUCUUUUAAAUGAAAUAAAAGUGGAUAGAAGUUUUUCGUAACAAAAAUAAAUAUGUUGUACAUCACACCACAGAAUUUCAUAUAUGAUACUUCCUGUGAAAACAUUCUGAUCAAGACUUUACAAUUUACAUUCUGAAAAGUUUUCACAUCAUCUAGCCUGCAUUGACCUAACAAACAAUCUAGAAAUCUUAGUAUUGUGCUAACAAUAUAUGAUUCGUACAAUAAAAGUUAUUAUUAUAACAGUAAGAAAACAUUACAAAACAACUCAAAUAAGGACUUCAAAAGAAAUAAUCUUUAAAAAUGAUUACCGUGGAGAAGUUUUUUUGCUUUCUUGAACUAAAAUGGGGAAUGCUAGCUAUUGGCAUUAUUCAAAUUAUUUUAACUAUUGUGGGUGGCAUCUUUAUUCAAUAUGGAUAUGAGGUAUUUGCGUUUGUUCAGUUCGCUGUUUUCGUACUCUUUUUAAUUUCGUGCAUACUUUUAAUUAUUGCAGCCUUUGUGCCAAAAAAGCCAUUGGUGCUUUGUUAUUUGAUAAUGGCGGCUCUUCUAAUCCUAGUGGCGAUUAUCACUAUUAUAAUUUGUGCUAUUUUGGGAUAUAAUGAAGUCUUAUCAUAUAUAUUCAGUGUCAUCAUCAUAAUUCUGGGAAUUUACUUUUGGAUCUGUGCAUACUCUUAUUAUCAACAAAUUUAAGUCGUGUCAUAAAUAACGAAAAAUCUGUAUUAGUGAUAUAUUUUUAAUUUUGAUAUGUGUUCCACCCAGUGCAACACUCAAAAUUCUAAACGCAAUAAAUACAAUAAUAAUAAUA